CGAGAUGUCUCGUGAAUAUUCACCAAGACUAUCAAUUGAUGGUGUGAUUGGCCGGCGGAUCAUCGAUGGUAUACAUCUUGCGUCAUGCCAUCCCACACCAUCUAUAUAUAAACCAGUCGCCAUUAUUAUACCCUCAAACCUCCACCACCCUCAACCAAAUCGUAAACCAUCAAUAUGUCACGCAACAUCCUCAUCGUCGGCGCAACACGCGGGCUCGGCGCCUCCCUAGCGACCCUCUACGCCUCGCUCCCCUCCACAUCAACAGUCUACACAACUACACGCUCCAGCAAGCCGCCAGCCAGCCCCUCUCACCCCAAAUUCCGCUGGCUGCUCAACAUCGACAUCUCGCAGCCGGACAUCGGCAGCACGCUGACCACACAGCUCCACCCCUACAACAGCCGCCUACACACCGUGAUUAUUUCCGCCGGCUACUUCGGCUUCGAGACCUUCGACGAGCUCGAUUGGCAGAAACAGGUUUCCAUGUACACAACCUCCGCUGUCGGGCCCGUCUUCGCCGUCCAGGCCCUCGCCAAGGGCUCCCUUCUGGCCACCGAUGAAGACUGCAAAAUAAUCUUGAUUUCGUCUGAAAGCGGUAGUAUUGCGCUACGGCAUGAGAAAGAAGGCGGCGGGAAUUACGGGCAUCAUGCGAGCAAAGCCGCGCUGAAUAUGGUCGGGAAGCUGCUUGCGUUGGAUCUGAAAGACAAAAACGUGGCGGUGGGAUUGGUGCAUCCGGGCUUUAUGAGGACGGAGAUGACGCGGAGUGUGGGGUUUGAUAAGUACUGGGAUCAGGGGGGAGCUAUCACGCCGGACGAAUCGGCAAAGUCGUUGGUGGAGUUCGUUGAGAAGGAGUUUGAUAUCUCCAAGACGGGAACGUAUUGGGCGCCCAGAGGGGCUGGGGAUAUUGGCACUGCGGAGCCGGUGUUGGGGAAGAAUCUCCCGACUCCGUUGCAGUUGCCCUGGUAGAAUAUACUAUCGUGUUGAUUAAUAGAACAUAAAUAAUUGCUGUAGUUAGAAGCAAUUCACAUUACGAUCUUAUAAAACUCAGUUGCAAAUACACAUCCAA